GUGAUUCACCAAAUGACCAAAAAAGCCCUGAAGAGGGGCUUGAGAAGAAAAAAGAGAGGAAGUCUGAAGCCUUGAACAUCAGAGGUGUUCUCUUGCAUGUUAUGGGAGAUGCACUUGGGUCUGUGGUCGUGGUAGUUGCUGCUACAAUCUUCCAUGUACUUCCUCUGGGGAAUGCUCCAUGUAAUUGGCAGUGCUACGUUGAUCCAAGCCUGACAAUAAUUAUGGUGUUCAUCAUCUUGUCUUCUGCAUUCCCGCUUAUCAAGGAGACCUCAAUUAUUUUGUUGCAGAUGGUUCCCAAAGGUGUUAAUAUGCAACUACUGACUGACAGACUAGCUCGUGUACCAGGGGUUAGCAGCCUUCAUGAGGUGCAUGUUUGGGAACUUGCAGGUGGGAAGAAUAUUGCUACUCUUCAUAUCAAGUGCCAAACCCCUACUGAUUACCAAGAUGCUGCUUAUAAAAUACGGAAGAUUUUCCACGAAGCGGGGAUCCAUUCUGUGACCAUCCAGCCCGAGUACAUUGACUGCAAGACCUCCCAGCUACUGUGCAGCUCGCCCUGCAUCUCAAAAGCUUGUGACUCUCAGCUGUGCUGCAGCCAGCGGGAGCCCCCCCUGGCUAAAACUAAUGGCCAUACUGAGAAAAACGAUAGUUGCCUUUCUGCACUGCGUAAGGACAAUGGUUCAAGUAAAAAUGAUAUUGAAAUCCCUAUGGAAUACCCACUGGCAGAGGAUAGCAUUAAAAACGUGAAAAAUUGCGGUGCCUCUGAUGACAAAUCGCAGUUAAGCAGUACACGACUUUAG